AACUCGUCGGGAUGAGCUACCCCUCAACAGCAUCGCGAUCAUGGACUGGACUCAGCUGCGCUGUUCUGCACCUUCAUCCUUUCAUGAAGGUCUGACACGAAGCCAAGCCCGAUAUCUCACAUCAUCCCGCCCUCUCGUGCAAGGGAUAUAGCACCUCUUGAUGGUACUCCAUCUGUUUGGUACCGAUGGACCACGAGCCUCCCUCGGCAAGUACAGCCGAAUCGGGAAAAGGUCACGGCUCGAGGGCACGGGUGGAUUCAUCCCGACCUAUGCACUGCUAAGUGAAGAAAAGUCCAGGGUCCUAACUCUCUUUGUAACAGUGCUAGUGAGCACUAGACCGGAGAAGACCAACGUUGCUGUGCUCGUGUUCAUGCUGUCAGCAGGCCCAGACGGAAAUGGAAAUAGUUUUAAGCUGAGCCUGUAGUCCAUAAGGUAGCAAUAGGAAUUGAAGGUACCUUGUACUUCUGGAUCCGACGUCGUCGGAACUAGACUAACGGAAAAUGGGCAUUGCUGCUGUUGAA